CACCCCUCCUCCCCUAAUUUGGCCAGACCCCGCCCCCGCUGUGAUGUCGUCAGUGGCUUGGAGGAAGACCCGUGGGGUUUUUGGGUUUUGGCGUCCAGUCCUGUGGGGCCGCAGGGCUGAGAGUUUCUCCUUCGCUCCUCAUCCCUCCAUCAUCGGUUUUCCUCCUCAUCUCUUUGGGGAAAAGAAAAAAGACACUUAGCUUUAGCUCGAUUCUCUGUCCGGACCCGUCGCCGUUUUCCCCUCGUUUUCUCGUCCUCUGAGGAUUUUAUUUUGCUUUUCUGUUUUUCUCCUCCUCCUCCACCUUUCUUUCUUUCUUUCUUUCUUACUUUCUUUUUGUCUUUCAUGCCCUUUUCAACAUGUCGACAAAAAACGAGUUUAUAAAAAACACAGAAAAACUGACAGAUUUUUUCAUUUCAGAGUAAAAAGUUGAAUUAAAUCUGAAAAAAGUUCUGUAGAAGAAUAAAAGUCCUGCUCCACUCCUCCCUCAACAAAUCCUUUCUUUUUCUCCUUUUCCCUCCGUCCUCCUCGCUCCUUCGUCCUCGCCGUCCGACAGGUUUCAGGCUUUGAGAUUUUAGUGUUUGUGAAGAAAUCGUCGUCCGAACAGAAGCUCAAGUCUCCGUCCAUCCUGCAGUGCUGAGCUUUUUUUUUUCUUCUGGACUUUUCUGUUUUCUUGUUUUUCUUCCUGUUGUUCUGUCUUGGUGCGCCCGCGGCAGCGGUCGCAACGCCGGGCCCCUGGAGAUGUUCGGGAUCCAGGACAACCUGCCCCGCGGGGCCACGGCCAGCAUGAAGGAGGAGCCGCUAGCUGUUCGCUCUUGGAUGCACUCGGCCGGCGUGGUGGACGCCAACACGGCCGCUCAGAGUGGGGUGGGGUUAGCUCGUGCUCACUUUGAGAAGCAGCCUCCAUCAAACCUCAGGAAGUCGAACUUCUUCCACUUUGUUUUGGCGCUGUACGACCGUCAGGGUCAGCCGGUCGAGAUCGAACGCACCGCCUACGUCGACUUCGUGGAGAAAGAGAAGGAGCCGACGGGAGAGAAAACAAACAACGGGAUUCAUUACAAACUGCAGCUGCUCUACAGUAAUGGUGUGAGAACGGAACAGGACCUCUACGUCCGACUCAUCGACUCCAUGACCAAACAGGCGAUCAUCUAUGAAGGUCAGGACAAGAACCCAGAGAUGUGCAGAGUUCUGCUCACACAUGAGAUCAUGUGCAGUCGCUGCUGUGAUAAGAAGAGCUGUGGAAACAGAAAUGAGACACCGUCAGACCCUGUCAUCAUCGACAGGUUCUUCUUGAAGUUCUUCCUCAAGUGUAACCAGAACUGUCUGAAGAACGCUGGAAACCCACGAGACAUGAGGAGGUUUCAGGUGGUGGUGUCUACGACGGUGAAUGUUGACGGCCACGUUCUCGCCGUCUCUGACAACAUGUUCGUACACAACAACUCCAAACAUGGUCGCCGAGCCCGGAGACUUGAUCCGUCUGAAGCAGCCACUCCCUGUAUUAAAGCCAUCAGUCCCAGCGAGGGCUGGACGACAGGCGGAGCCACCGUCAUUCUGAUCGGUGACAACUUCUUUGACGGCCUGCAGGUCGUCUUUGGCACCAUGCUGGUGUGGAGCGAGUUGAUCACCCCUCAUGCCAUCCGGGUCCAGACCCCCCCUCGCCACAUCCCUGGUGUCGUCGAGGUCACGCUGUCCUACAAAUCCAAACAGUUCUGUAAAGGAGCGCCGGGACGAUUCGUCUACACAGCGCUAAACGAGCCAACUAUAGAUUACGGUUUCCAGAGGUUACAGAAGGUCAUCCCUCGUCACCCCGGAGACCCAGAGAGACUUCCCAAGGAGGUGUUGUUGAAGAGAGCAGCUGACCUGGUGGAGGCGCUGUACGGGAUGCCCCACAACAACCAGGAGAUCAUCCUGAAGAGGGCAGCAGAUAUCGCUGAAGCUCUCUACAGCGUUCCAAGGAACCACAACCAGAUCCCGUCGCUAGGCAACAGCACCUCCCACAGCAUGAUGGGUGUAAACUCAUUUAGCGGACAACUGGCCGUCAACGUCUCAGAGACAACGCAAGUCGGUUACAGUCGGAACACAAGCAGCGUGUCGCCACGGGGAUAUGUCCCCACCUCCACCCCCCAACAGAGUAACUAUGGCAACCCCGUCAAUAACAGCAUGAACGGUUACGGCAACACGGGUAUGCCGAACCUCGGAGUGACGACAUCACCAGGUUUCCUCAACGGGUCGUCUGCCAGCUCUCCCUACGGCAGUAAGUAUCACGUUGUUCCCUCCAGUCCGACGAUGGCCGUUUCAAACUGUAACUCGUCUCAUGGAGUUUUCUCCUUCUCUGCUGCCGUCAAACAGAAGAGCGCCUUCGCUCCUGUUGUCCGACCGCCGUCGUCUCCACCUCCUCCACCCAACUGCUCCGCAAACAAUGGACUGCAGGCCAUGUCCGGCCUCGUCGUCCCUCCCAUGUAAGAAAUCCUCCUCCUGAACACCAGCACCAAUCACCUGACAGGAGGAGGGGCUUCAGGCAGCAGCUGACCAGUCAAGAGAGCCUAUUCCUCCUGUCAAUCACAGUAGAACGAACUGUCGUCAGUGACUGGACUGAGAAAAACGAACAGGACGUUGUUGUGUCCACUGAUUUCUUGUAAAUAUUACUCUGUGUUUGGGGGGCGGGGUCUGUGGGUGUUAAAACUGUGAUGUCACACCUGUGUGAUGACAUCACUUCCUGUACACGUGAUUUCAUUUUGUUUGAAGAAACGAUUAACUGAUACAGAAAAAUGGUCCCGAAUCAGAACAUUUAAAAACGCUCUGGUCGUCAUGGUUACGAUCACACCUGUCCACGAGCAGGAAACUUCCCAUCAUGCCUUGCAUCAAAAAACAAACGGUCUCGGUAAAAGGGACGUCACGACCUAAUAACUGAAACAUGAAUAAAAAAGGACUAAUGCAAAUUGUCUCACCUUUUGGCCCCACCCCUUGUUCUUUUAGCUCCGCCCCACAUGCAUGUUGUUUGUUUUUUUCAUGCUUCCAUUGUAAAAAAUGAAUCCUGCAUCCUGAUAGGCUACUGUGACUGUCCGUCUUCUUGUUCAGAGUUGUCUUUAAUCAUAGCCCCUCCCUCAACUCCCAAGUUUUGUCCCCAACACUUAAGCCCCGCCCAUUUGUUUGUGUGGGUUUCGUACUUUUUGCCAAAGUCGUAGUUGGAUGAAUAUUUAUAUGUCACUGUGGUUGGUCACGUCCCUGCCCCCCCACUGACGUCAAUGUUUUGUAACAUAAAAAAUAUAAAUAUGUAUUUAUACCUAAGUGUGUGUGUUUGUGUGUGUGUG